GCUCCACUGGUUAGUGUAUUGGUUCUACCAAGCUUUUUUCCCGUUAUUACAUAAGAUCAUUGGACAGUUUUAUCUCACUCCAUUAGUUUGUUUUAUUGUUCUUCAACUUCAUUUGCAUUGUAUUUGUAUUGUGACAUUAGAGUUGGAAUCCAUUUGUGCUAAAAGUACAAAGCGUAAACUGCAUAAUUGAAAGAAGGGAUAAGCUUGGUAUAGUUAGAAGAACUAGAAUUGGUAAGCACUUAUAGUGCUUUUCUUAUUGCCAGCUUGCUUCUUUUUCAAACUUCUCUUUGGAUAUGGUUUUUAUGGAUGCCUUUGAAUUAUAUUUGUGUUGGCCAUUACAUUGUUGUCCUUCUCGCUCUUCCUUUGCAUCCCCAAGCUUGGAAGCCAUUCUGUUAUAUGUGUUUUGUUCAUCAAUUUAAAUUAUGCCUUAUAUAGUUAUAUUUUUCUUCGACUGUUAUGUUUGUGUGGUGUGUUGUAUGUGUCAUUAACUCGCACAAACUUAUAAUUGGUGAGGAGUUCAACUUCUGUUGUAACAAUUAAUUAAUUUAUAUGAAUGGCAGCUGCAAAAUUUACUGGAACGGGUGCAUCAUUUACCACGACCUCUAUUUCAGAUUGCAUCAGGUUAUUGGAGAAUUUAAUAUGGAUAGUGCAAAUGUCAUCCCAUCUGCCCAACCACAGAUUUAUCGAUCGUCUGUACCAUGUGAGUGUCAUGGUUUAGCACGCAACUGCUUCAAUGCAAACUGACAUUAAUAUUUUCCCUUGAAUUUCAUUUGUUUAGGGAAACGUCGAGCAGUGUUUAUUCAUCCUGAAGAUCAGUACCAACGCUGUGUUUUAUCUGCUGAAGAGGAAGAAGCAUUUGAGAGAGGUGUGUUAUCUGUGUUUUAAUUUUUCUAAUUAGUUCAUCUAUUCAAUGAGUAAUACAUGGUUUUAUAUUUAAAUUCUGCAGAAGAAGCUGGCUUACAAUUCCAACUCUCUCAACUUCGGCGAAUACUAUCCCAAGUCGCCCGUAAGAGAAGACAUCAUAUUUUGAAACAGAAGGUUCAUAGGAGGGGCUUGCCUUAUGAACACGAAGGUUGUUGUUUGCUAAAUUUUGUAGCAAGUCUUACAAAUUAGGCUAUUCUAGAUUGUUGAAUCUUUAUUUAUUUCUUUAAUAUCGUAUAUGUUUUGGUGUUGUUCAUAGUUUUGGAGCCGGAGUUUAGAUUUCUAUUACAAAAGCAAAGUCGAUUACUUCGACGUAUUCAUCUGCAUAGAAAGAGACGUGGCCGAAGUUUCUUUCCUACAGAAGUCAAUCAAAGUAUGUGGAUUCUAAUGGCCACUAUUAUACAUGAAAUGGUUCAUCUCUAUUUUGGUUUAGUUUUUGUGUUUUGGUCAACAUAUUUUGUUUCCUAUUUUGAUUUUAGAACAUAUAAUGUACCCAUUUAUGCCAUGCAUAUAAUUUAGUGAUGUACGCUUCAUGUCACCUUAUGCAAAUAGUGGAUUGUUUUUAGAUGUUGAUGUGUCAACGGCAAAUUUGUGUGUUAUGAACAAACUUUGGUGUUUCCUGAAAUUUGAUUUAUUCUUACUUAAAAUGAGCGGUAUACCAAUCUAUCUUGCCUUGAGAACAUUUAUUUUAAUAAUUGUGUUUACUGUAGCGCGCCUAAAUCGGCUUCACUGUUUCUCAAUCUCAUUCAAUAUAUGAAUUACUGUGACAAAAAUUUAUUAAUAUUACUUAUCUAUUUCACUAGGUCUUCCGUUGGUUGAAUUUUUUGAUAUUGGUCCACCUUCAUGUACGUGUCAACAUUGUGGAGCAGUUAUGUGGCGGUUCGAGAGUACUUUAUCUACACAGAAUGAUGUGUUGCCUGCAUUUCCUUUAUGUUGCAAACAUGGUAAAGUGAAAUUGCCUCCCCGCAGAGAUGUGCCCGAAUUUCUUAAAACUCUACUUGAAGGGGAUACACCAUUAGCGCGUCACUUUCGUACUAACAUCAGAGCCUAUAAUGGGGUUUUUUGCUUUAUUUCUCUCGGAGGUAAAGUCAAUCACUCUAUUAAUGAUGGUCGUGGAGUUUAUGUAUAUUCAAUCGGUGGUCAGAUUUAUCAUCGAAUAGGAUGUUUGGUUCCUGGUGAUGGGGUGAUGCUCUAAAACACAACACCUAACAAUGGCCAAGUGUAACCAAUGAAAGGGACUGCAGUAUAGUGGCACAAGUAAUAAAUAUCGAAUCCACGGGUCUCUAGAGUUACUAUUACUCAGCUUCAGUUCAUUAUCUAGCAAACUAGAUUAAGGAUUGAUUAACUAAACUACUCUACUAACUAAACUGAGUAAAACUACUAAUUACAGUUUGGGAACUCACUUAGGUAUGAUUCCCCCUAGCUCCUCAAUUAGGUCCAAGUUGUAAUUCAUUUUGGUUGAUUUACUGUUGAUUAAACUGCGGAAGAUCCGACAGUAGCUUGGAAUCUCUUAAGCUGACCAAGCCCUCUCAGUCUAACUACCCGGCAGACGACUAGUCUUCACCGGGAUAGAAAGCUGAAGCAAUAAGCACAGAACUCCACUACUGGAAUUGGAUUCCAGUACAAAGCAGUAAACUGGCUAACUCUCGUAUAGCCAAUCUCCUACUACCGAAUGAUGAGACUCUAGCAACCUAAUCAGAUUCUAUCCAUCUCAGAUUGCAGCAGGAAUCAGGAAAAGUUGAUCAGACUUCAAUUGACUCAAUAAACAUGCAUCAUUCGAUUAUAAUCAAACAAUAUAGCAUCCAAAACUUCAUACAAGAAAGAUCCUAACUCAUGGAACUAGGGUUCCUCAAAACCUAAGUGAAGGGAAGUUACUCCAUAGAGAAGAGAGAGACUGCAGAAAUCUGAUCUAGAUCUUCAAUCUCCAUCUCCAAGCUUGAUUCCCGAGCUCCAAUGGCGAAGAAAUCCUCCAAAAUAGCUCCAAGAAUGCUCCCAAGUCGCUCUCUCUCUCUAGGGUUCGUCCCUUGGGUGUUUGGGAUCCAAAACCCAGCUCUCCCUCUUCUUUGGUUCGGAAUUUGGCUUAAAACCAGGAAAUCCCGACUCGCACGGCCAGGGUGCACGGCCGUGCAGCUUGCUCAGCCUCUGUUUAAUGCUUCGUUUCUCCCUCGUCCGGACUCCGAAUCAGUCGCCGUUUGAUCCCAGACGCUCGUAGUCUCGUCCUCUUUCGUUUCAUAACAAGCUUGCACGCUUCUUUGUCCAUAAAGUGAGGUAGAAAUCCAUUCUUCUUCAGGUCAUGCCCGAGUUUCCUCUCUCGAAUCGUCAAUUGAUCUCUGAUUGACUUGAAACUUGCGCCUAUGCUUCACUUUAUGUGCUAGGACCUGAAAUGGGACAAAGGAACACAACCUAGCAUAAAUUAGGCCACAACACACGACUAUGCCCCUCAAACGGAUAAGAACUAGGGGCGCAAACAUGUGCAAUUACAUCGUUAUCAUGGGGAUAGUCCGAAAUUUGCACAGCUUUACAUUCACGAUUCAGAUAACGAGGUGCAGAAUCGUAUGGACUUUUACUCCACUGAUCCUGCCAAGAAUCCGUUGCACCAGUGUAUUGUUGAAGGCCUCCAGCAUAUGUUUGAUGACAAUAAUAUCCUGGUACGUACAUUUCGUUCUGCGCGAGAUAGGAUACAAAACUCUGGUGUCCAGGAGCUUCAACUGAAACUAUUGGCGAAGCGUGAAAUUAAUAGUAGAGAAUAUGAUUUGCCCUCUGCGAAUGAGAUUGCAGCAUUGAUUGUAGAUGAAACAGGAGAGCAAUCAUUUUCUCCAGAUAUAAUUGUUCAACAGAAGGGUUCAGAAAUGGAAAGGAUUAGCGUAUACCAUCCAAGUCUGAUGGCAUUACAAUAUCCCAUUUUAUUCCCAUAUGGCGAGGAUGGGUGGCAUCCCUGCAUUAGCUAUAGUCACAGUAGCUCUAAUAUCAGUGUUGGAGAUAAAAUGAUAACCCAGUGUGAUUUCUAUGCAUAUCGUCUUCAAACCCGUCUCCAGGAGUCGAAUUCUCUGUUAUUAUCUGGUAAAUUGUUUCAACAAUAUAUGGUGAAUGCAUUUGCGUUAAUUGAGGCUGAACGCUUAGACUGGAUGCGUACCCAUCAGUCGAAGCUAAGAGGACACUACUACAAGGAUUUGUUGAAUUCUUAUUUGCGAGGGGAUAGUGAUAUCAAGCUUUCUGGGAAGCCAGUUAUUUUAGCUGCCUCACACACUGGUAGUCCAAGAUACAAGUAUGAGAAUUUUCAGGAUGCGAUGGCUAUUUGCAAGUGGAUUGGUUAUCCUGAUUUGUUUAUAACAUUCACUUGCAAUUCUAACUGGCCAGAGAUACAGUUAAUGGUUGAUUUGAUUAGAAGGUACAGUGGCAAAGAUCCUGACCGGGCUGACAUCACCGCCAGAGUUUUCAAAAUCAAGCUUGAUGAGUUUAUGUUAGAGAUUCGCGAGAAACAAAUAUUUGGGAAAAUCAAUUAAUGUAUGUGUGCUUAUUCAUUCGUUAUUUAUCUAUUAAUGUUCAUCCAUUACUCUCUUACCUCAUUGAACUAAUAUUCCUUUUCCACUAUUUGCAUCUUGCUGUACAGAUGUCAAAGCAAUUGAAUGGCAAAAGCGGGGUCUCCCUCAUGCACACAUAUUGCUUUUUUGGCCUCGGAGAAUAAAUUCCAUGGUCCUGCGGCUAUUGAUUCCAUAAUAUGUGCUGAAAUUCCGGAUCCUGAUCUUGAUCCUGAACUGUAUGCAGUUGUCACAAGUUCAAUGAUGCAUGGCCCGUGUGGUACAGUACGUCCUAAUAAUGUGUGCAUGAAGAAUGGGAAAUGUAGUAAGCAUUACCCCAAGGAAUACUCUUCUCAAACAACUAUUGAUGAAACUGGGUUUGCUAAAUAUCGUCGGCGGAACAAUGGUAGAGUUUUCAACUGUGGCGGCGUUGAUCUGGAUAAUCGAUGGGUUGUACCCUACAAUCGAUAUUUGUUACUACGAUUUGGAGCGCAUAUCAAUAUUGAAUAUUGUAACAAGACAAGAUAUGGCUGAAGUAAAUCGUAUUUAUCUAUAUGACGUUGUUGUUUCCUUUAUUAUAUUACCAAACUCAGAUUCUUAAUGACAGGCUAUAUGUAUAUUUAUAUGCUACACUCAUUAUUAACUUUAUGCAUGCAUAUGAAUUAUGAUUUAAUUUCCAAAGAUGAAUAAAAACCAAACCAAUAUUUGUGCGAUUUCUCUUUUUUUUUUAUAGUUAUUUUAUAAACCCAGUGUUAUCUUAUUGGUGUGACUUCUUGUCGCAACUCCGUAAUUUUUGUAAUAUUUUUUGGUGUGUUUUCCUUCUUUUUUUUUGCCCCUUGGAUAAGCUAUUGUGAUCCAUUUGUUGCCUUUUGUUCUCUGUACUUUGAUUUCUUAUUUAAUACAAGUCACAUUUAAGAAAAAAUGCAAUACAACUUUUUCCUACUUCCCUAUCUAACAUCUACAACUUGGUUUUAUUUGAUGUUUCUAUAGGGCUGUGAAAUAUUUGUUUAAGUACAUCAACAAACCCGAGGAUCGUGCAAUGGUCACUGUAGCUGCACAACAAACAGCUUCGGCUAUGGAUGGUCGGAAUCGUGGAACUACGGUUGUGCAAAUCGAUGAGAUAAAGGCAUUCAUGGAUGCCCGUUACAUCACAUCGGGAGACGCAUGUUGGAGAAUUUUUAGGUUUUGAUAUAUACACUCACUCUCCAACAGUACUGCGUAUGUCCUGUCAUUUGCCUGGUGAAAAUACAGUGUAUUCAAAUGUUGAUUCUAACGUGGAGGAAGCGGUUGAGUCUAGCAGUUCCCAAACCUCAAUGUUGUUAGCAUGGAUGGAUCUCAAUCUUCAGUCAAUGGAUGCACGGAAAUAUACCUUUGCGGAGAUGCCACAAUAUUAUGUAUGGAAUAAAAAAUACAAGAAGUGGCAGCAGCGCAAAAAAGGUACCUGCAUUGCUAGAUUAUAUUACUGCUACCCAUCCGCAAAGGAGCGAUACUAUUUGCGAAUGCUAUUGCAUGUUGUUAGGGGUUGUUGUUCUUAUGAUGAUAUUAGAACAGUGAAUGGGGUGGUAUAUGAAACAUUCCAAAAAGCAUGUUAUGCUCGGGGAUUGUUAUCAGGAGAUUCUGAAUGGAAUGAUUGUGUCCAAGAAGCUUCGCACUGGGCUUCUGGUUAUAAACUUAGAAAACUUUU